AUGGCCGCUCAGAGUGUUCAGUUUCAGGAAGAAACAAGAAACAACCAGAGGACCACAAAUGCUUCAAUAAAGAACCUAGAAAUUCAAAUGGGUCAGAUAGCACAACAGAUUACAAAUUCCCAAGCACCAGGUGCCCUACCUAGUGCAACAGUAACAAACCCGAGAGAUAAUAAAAUUGUGAAUGUUGUGACAACAAGAAGUGCCAAAGUUGCUGAAAUUCCUGAAGAGGAAUAUGAGGAGGAAGAUCCAAUACUUGAAGUGGAUCUUGAAAUCUUAGAAGACAAGACUCCAAUAGAUGAACCCAUUGUAAUUCAGCCUGCUGAGCAAGAAAAAGUCAUUGCGCCAAAGCCCAUCAUUAAGCUCCCAUUCCCACAAAGACAAAAGAAAAAGGGACAACAUGAGAAAAUUUUUGAGAAGUUCCUGGAGAUGUUCAAGAAAUUGGAAAUCAAUAUUCCAUUUUCUGAAGAACUUGAGCAGAUGCCUAUAUAUGCUAAAUUCAUGAAGGAUAUCAUUUCCAAGAAGCGUACCGUUGAUACUAACCCUAUUCUUCUAACUGAAACUUGUAGUGCUAUUUUGCAGGGUAUGAAGAUUCCAAUAAAGAAGCCAGAUAGAGGUUCGGUGACUAUUCCGUGCACCAUCGGAGAUAGAUCUUUUAAGAAAGCAUUGAUUGAUUUAGGGGAAAGUGUGAGUCUCAUGGCAUUGUCCAUUUAUAAGAAACUUGGCAUAGGAAAUGUGCAAGACACCAGGAUGACACUUCAGCUUGCAGAUCAUUCGGUAAAAAGACCCUACGGGGUAGUUGAGGAUGUUCUAGUUAAAAUUGAUAAAUUUGUAUUUCCUGUUGAUUUUGUAGUUCUUGAGAUGCCGGGAGAUGAGGAAAUCCCUCUUAUUUUGGGUAGACUGUUCUUAGAAACAGGCAGGUGUAUGAUAGACAUGGAGGGAGGUACCAUGACUCUCAAAGUCUAUGAUGAAGAGCUAAAAAUUGAUGUAAGGGACACUAUGAAACAUAAAUAA